AAAAUAUAUUUUAAAUCACCGUCCGCGUUCCAAGAUAACGUUAAGUUUUAGAUUAUAGAGUACUGAACUAAACGAGGGCAAUUUUUUCGGAUCAGGAAGGUACUGUCAAGGUGAAGGUGUUGAAAAUCAACUUUCACAACUUCGAAAAAUAACCCAAUAAGAUAAGAUAGACAUCGGUGAUUAGUGGGAGUUCUAACAAAAUAACAAUUCCACCUAAAUCACAAUGGGUGGCAUUAAAAUGAUAUCUCCUGGCACCAACCUUUAUGAUCCAGAUUUACUGAAAAAUUUGGAUUGGGACUCCGUCAAAGGAUGUCUUUCACCACCCAUCACCAACGAAAACACCGGAGAGAAUUGGCUCCUUGUACGUCCCCUUCAACUUGAAGAUUUCGACAAUGGUUACCUACAGCUCCUUUCUCAGUUAACGACUGUUGGUAAUGUGGAUCAAGAGAAAUUCAGAAAUCAGUUUCAUGCUAUGCAGAAAGCUGGGGGUUAUUAUGUGACCGUUGUUGAAGAUCUACGAAACAGCCAAAUCAUUGGUGCUGCGACAUUGGUAACGGAGUUCAAAUUCAUCCAUGAAUGUGCUCUGAGAGCGAGAUUAGAAGAUGUAGUUGUGAACAGUACCUACAGGGGCAAACAACUGGGAAAAUUAAUUGUGUUGACGGUGACACUGCUAUCGAAAAAACUUGGAUGUUAUAAAAUGUCCUUGGACUGCAAGGAUAAGCUCAUACCGUUCUACAAAUCUAUUGGGUACAAACUAGAACCAGGCAACGCCAAUUCCAUGAUAAUCCGUUACGAUCAGCCGUCAGAUGGACAAAAGAUCUUUUGACAAUUAGCCGCUAAUGCAUCGAACAACAAGUCUAAACUUUGAAUUCUCGCCAGAAUUCGAAAUUUCCGAUCUAAAUAUUUCGAACGUCUUCUCUUCAUCAACAUGAUUUCAGAGUUUGAUUUUUUGUUUAUGCAUUAGCACAUAAUUUUUUCUUUACAUUGUAUGAAUAUAAAGUAUUAUAUAUCUGUGGUAUUGUCAAUAAAUUUUGGUAUUUGAGUAGA